UUAUUUCAUCGUUGACUGGUAGAAAAUGUGGCGGUUGUUGUCUUUCGUGGCAAUUUUUCUACCGAUAGCAACUUUUGAGAUUAAUAAUGAAGUAUGUAACACUACUGCGUUAAGUUAUGAUUUUAUAACAUGUCGGGAUCUUUUCGGAAAAGGAAUAGACUUUAAUGCAUUGCCAACUGGAACAUCAUGUGAACUUACAGAUAAAAGUGGAAAAUUGAUGAAAUAUGUGACAUGCACGUCAAAAGGAUGGUCAGAUGCAGAAAUCAACAAUGUACAUGAGGGAAACAAAUCCCACGUUAGCAGAAAUGGCAGACAGAAACGCUUUCUUGGGUUUUUUCGUAGGAUUUUCCACGCCAUUGGAUGUUUUUUCUUUGGCUGUCAUCGUCGGCCACGAGACAAAACACCUCCAUCUAUGGCUGGAGUUUGUAAUGGAGAUAUACACAAAAAUGCUGACAAAUAUCAAGUUAAUACCCAAGUCUGGUGGCCUGAACACCCUGCAAGUGAUGAUUUUGACGGAAGUGUCUCUACAAGAAUGCGCCGUGGAUAUCCACCUGGCCAUUAUUUCUCGGGGGAAACGGAAAUUGCCUAUACAGCACAAGAUCGAUCUGGAAACAUGAACUCUUGUUCUUUUCGUGUUAUAGUAAAGGUUAUUCGAUGUCCUACAAUUCCCCAUGUACAAGAUGGUUAUUAUAUAUGUCAUCCUAGCGAAGACAUGAUUUAUGGGGCUGUUUGCAGAUUCGGCUGCUACGCUGGACACGAACUAUCGGGAGGAAAUAAAGAAAUUGCGUGUACAAAGUCAGGAACGUGGUCUGGAAUGAUUCCUCAUUGCCAAAAGAUAAAAUGCCCACGUUUCACACCAUCUACAAAUUCCUUACGUUAUACAUGUACUGAUGAAUUCAACUUUAGAAGUAUAUGCACAUAUAGUUGCCCAGAAGGGUAUGAUAUUACAAAUGGGAUGUCACGUGUGCGCGUUUGUACACAAUAUAAAACAUGGAGGGGCAGCCAACCUAAAUGCACAGAUACUGAACCCCCAAAGUUUUCAAUGUGUCCUGGAACUGUUUAUGCUUAUUCGGCAAGAAAUUCCUUAGAAGGCCAAGGCAUAUGGACAGAACCUACUGCAAAGGAUAAUCACGAUAAGGUUAUCAAAGUUAAAAGAUCAGGAAAAAUAUUCCCUGGCAAAACAAUAUCUGCAGGUACUUACACAAUAAGUUACAAUGCAGAGGAUUCGACAGGAAACAAGGCUUAUCCAUGCAUUACAAAAAUUGUUAUGAAAGUUAUCAGAUGUCCAAAUAUUUAUCCAACCCCAUUCCAGAAUGUACUGUGCCCUUCGGGAACAAAGUAUGGAAGCUCUUGUCAUUUUUCAUGUGACAUGGGGACCACAAUUAAUGGAACAAACAAUGUUGUUUGUGAGAGAAAAAAUGGCAAGCCUUAUGGGUAUUGGACAUGGGGAAGUAAUCAACCUUACUGUGAGGUUAUACAAAAAUGUGCAAAAACACCAAACGUUCCAGACCAUGGUGCAUUAGCAUGUGAUAAUUGGCUUGGAGGACAGUUUUGUCAAAUGCUAUGCAGAAGCGGUUAUGAUGUUUCGCCUGGUAGGGACUUUGAAGAAAUGUUAGUGUGUGGAGAAAGCGGCGAGUGGCUACCAAAGUCUGCACUUCCCCUUCCACCUUGUUCAAGGAAUAGAUUUUCAAGAGGUGGCUAUUUAAGGAUGUCCGCUAACUAUUACUUUGAUGGUGACUGUACUGAACCAAAGACCAUUGAGGAAAUUAAAAAGAAGUUCAUUCAGACACUUAACUCAUCAACACUUUAUGAAUCCGCAUGUUCACUUUCAGGAGACAAAUGCAGUGUUGAAAAUGUUCAGGUACGAUGUGAUAAUAAUACAAGACGAAAGCGAUCUUUGGAGAUGAUGAUUAACUUUGAUGUAGCAUUUAAAGUUAAUAACAUUUCAAUAGAAUCUUUGAGUCGACUGCAACAAAACCUAAUGUCAUCUUUGAAAGAGUCUCAAAUGAAAGGGGAGCUUGAUAUUUUUCUGAAUUCCACCGGUGUUAUGCGCAUGCAAAGCAUAGAUCAUGGAAAAAUCCAACUUCUGUGCCCAACUGGAACUAUUGCAUCAUACCAUACAUGGUCCUGUCUGGAAUGCAGUCCCGGAACGUUCUACGACAAUGCCACACAAACAUGUCCGCAGUGUAAAAAAGGAUUUUUUCAAGAUAAAGAAGGUCAGAAUUCCUGCAUUAAGUGCCCAAGCAAUAGAAAAACUAAGUCAAUAGGAUCAAAAAGCAUCAACGAGUGCACUGAUGCUUGCGAGCCUGGAAGUUUUUCCUCAGAUGGAACCCCACCGUGUUCUUUAUGUCCCGUUGGUACAUACUCCUCCAUAUUUGGAGCUACUGUUUGCAUUUCUUGUCCCUAUUCUCUUUCAACUGAAAAUGAGGGUGCGGAUGAUGUCUCACAAUGUAAAGAAUUUGAUCUCUGGUUAUCUGAAAAUAGGAGUAUGGCGUCUUUGGACUUUCAAGCAACCAACAACUACAAAAGUUUCAUUUUUUCAUUCUGGCUACAAAGAGACAUCCAAUCGUUAUUUAUUUAUACUUUGACUGACAUUAAGAAUAGCACCAGAAUACAAAUCAGUAUCAAUAAAGAAAACAUUUCACUGUUUACAAUAAGUAAAUCCGAAAAUAUGUCGAUUGCAAUGGACAAAGAAUGGCAUUACCUUCUGAUAAAAGCCGGUGAUUCAGCUUUAGAAAUGUACAUUGACAAUGACAUAAAAUAUAGAGUGGAUAAUGGGUUCACGUUCAUGGACAACGAAAGCUAUGAUGUGAAAUUUCAUGGCAAAGGAAAAGUCUCCCAGUUUAAUAUAUGGUCAAAUAACACCGAAAAUACCAACCCUUCAUUGUUAGAGAGUGUAAAGAAAAGAUCCUGCUUUCUCCAUAAUGUUGGAGAUAUUCUUUCAUGGAAACAAUUCGAAAACACACAUUUUGAGAGGACAUUCAAACAAAUUCCGAGUGAAUGUGAUGAUCUAGAUAGUUGUAAAUCUAAUCCUUGUAUUAACGGAGCCUGCCAGGACAAACUGGAUGGAUUUGAAUGUCACUGUUUUUAUGGUUUCUACGGCAAGACGUGCGAUGGAAACAUUGACGAUUGUACAGACAAUGCUUGUGAUAAUAAUUCAACUUGUGUAGACGGGGCUUCAAAUUACACUUGUGUGUGUUUGGAUGGAUUUAAGGGUGAUCUUUGUGAAAUAGCAAUGGUUGAUGGAAGCUGGGGAAAGUGGGGAGAGUGGACACCUUGUUCAGUUACGUGUGGAAAUGGCACACAGCAACGAAAGAGGUUCUGCAAUCAUCCUGCACCAGAUAACGGUGGUCAGCAGUGCCCAGAAAACGAAUUUGAUGUUAAACCUUGCAUGAUGGAUGAGUGCACAGUAUGUGACAAUCUCACUAUCACUGAUCAUGUCUUGUUGAGAUGUAAAAACGACUCAGAGAACAUAAAUUGUACAAUCUCGUGCGAGGAAGGUUACGACUUUGAUCAUCCAGUUAAACCGUAUUAUUUAUGUGGGCCAUUAACCUAUAAUCUCUGGGAUUUUAAAACUUCGGAUAACCCCGAUGGAAAACUUCCCCAAUGUAUUGAAACAAAAAAUAGUACUCAGUUGUCCUUCAUGUAUUCAGCAUCCUACAUUGAUCUUAUGUGUGAUACCACUGAGAAAGUUGCUGACUCAAAGACUGAGAUUCCACAAAAGGUGAAAACCGGCAUGGAAACUCUUGAUUGUAUUACAGAUGGUCUAUGUUCAGUUGAGCUAAUAAAUGUUGCCAACUGUCACCGGCGGACAAAAAGAGAAGCUGAAAAUAAGACUGUUGGAUUUCAGUUGAAACUCGCCUGUAACUCUCGAAUAUACAACAGUCAAGAGUGUUAUAAUAUUCUUCAUGAUGCUUUGGUUUCACUUCUGACGCAAACUCAGUCACAUAAAUUCAGUGCAAUGAUCCAAAGUCAAACGUAUCAUAUUCAGCCAUCAUCUGCUCAUGUUGAAUCCUUUGUUAAAUGUCCCACCGGAACAGUGCCUGCCGAUAUAUACUGUGUUGAGUGUUCCCCUGGGAGAUUCUACAAAUCCAAUGAAUGUGUGAAAUGUGACUUUGGGACGUACCAGGACGAGAGUGGGAAGUUUUCCUGUAAGGAAUGUCCAGAUGGAACAACAACUCCUGGCCGAGAAUCUAGAUCCGCCACUGAAUGUUCUGUGCUUGUGUCAAAGAAUAACCAUGAAAACUUGUUCAUAAUAGUGGGAGUUUUAACAGCUGUUUUGUGUCUUGGCAUCUUUGCUAUUACAAUGAUUGUUAUUAAAAAACGUUUAAAUAAAUUUAGAAAAGACGAAAGCCAAUUAUUUACCAAAGUUAGAUGCAAAUAUGAGAUGGAGAAACCCCUUCGCUUUGAACC